CUGAGCAAUGCCAUGUGUGUCUUUCAGUGCGCGUUUAACUUUCAACUAAAACCGAACUGCGAGCAUCCCACGCUUAACACGGUGGAACUCCUGUCACUGGACUCCUUGCUCACUCCUGACAUCCAGUGUCAGCAGCUGGUGCUUUGAAGAUGAUCAACCCUCACGUAUACCUCCACUAUAACUACACAGGUAAGCUGGACCACCGGCCCACCGUGGGCACGGGCGCUGGCGCCGUGGACACCAAAACCAUUGUGUUCCUCAUCAUAUGCAGCUUCAUCGUUCUGGAGAACCUCACCGUGCUGGUAGCCAUAUGGAGAAACCACAGGUUCCACAACCGCAUGUACUUCUUCAUCGCUAACCUGGCACUUUGUGACCUUCUCGCUGGAGUGGCUUACCUGGUCAACUUGCUGCUGUCAGGAGAGAAGACCCUGAAGCUGUCACCUGCUCUCUGGUUUGUCAGAGAGGGCAGCAUGUUUGUAGCACUAGGUGCCUCCAUUUUCAGUCUCCUGGCUAUUGCAAUAGAGAGACACCUGACUAUGAUCAAAAUGAGGCCUUAUGAUGCCAAUAAGAAUUACAGAGUGUUUCUGCUCAUAGGGACCUGCUGGCUGAUUGCGAUAUCUCUUGGAGCUUUGCCUAUUCUUGGCUGGAACUGCCUGGAUAACCUCCCUGAUUGCUCAACCGUUCUCCCCCUCUACAGCAAGAAAUAUGUAGCUUUCUGUAUCACUGUUUUCAUGGUUUUGCUCUUAGCCAUGUCAAUCCUGUACGCCCGUAUCUAUAUCCUGGUGAAGUCCAGCAGCCAAAAGGUGAGCAAGCACAGCAAUUCGGAGCAUGCAAUGUCACUGCUGCGCACCGUCAUCAUUGUAGUUGGGGUUUUUAUUGCCUGCUGGACGCCCAUCUUCAUCCUGCUCCUAGUAGAUGUGGCAUGUGAGAACGGCUGGCGCUGCCCUAUCCUCUACAAGGCUGACUGGUUCAUUGCAGUGGCUGUGCUCAACUCAGCCAUGAACCCAGUCAUCUACACUCUGGCCAGCCGUGAGAUGAGACGGGCCUUCUUGGGUCUGGUAUGUGGUAUUUGCUUCAGGGGGAAGGCUUCUGUUAAUGGCAGUGGGAACAGGCAGUCUCUGGAGCCCAGCCGCAGCAGGAGCAAGUCGUGGAGCAGCCAGAACAACCCCAAUCAGAACCAACAAAGCUCCAAGCAGGCAGAGAUGGAGAAGGGGGAGGAAACAAACACGGUUCAUAGCGAGGUUUCAGUGGUGGCAGGAACAAGCAGAGGUGCUGCUGAGACUAUCCACGACAGUAACAGAAAAGACUGAAACAGGGAACCAAGAUACCUGUAGUAGGAAGGUUAUAUGCUCAUGGGCCUCUGCAGUGCUCACAAUGGACAGAAUUGAUGAGAAAAAGAAAAUUGAGUCUUGAUUAAUAUAGAAUGAAGACAUUCUUGAAUGAAAUGUUGACGUCAGGCCUAGGCUGCAAGGAAUGGUUCCUCCUUUGUGCUUGAUGCUGAUGUCUCUUCAUCAUUCACGAUUGGGAAGCUCAUUAAAGAGUACACCUAGCAUUAUACUAAGUAAUGGAUGAGGCCAAUAUGCUCGAUGACUGAAUAUCACCUCUAGGUAUAGCUCAUAUUUGCCAGUGAAUGGCGGACUUAGCCUUGACAGAAAAUCAUUUACCUCCGUGGUUGCAGAUGUGACCAUCUUAGACAAGAAAUGACAAAAACCUGAAAUGAAUUACAUUAAAAGUGCAAUUAUAGUACCGCAAAAGUUAUAUAUAGAUGAAUGUGAGUGAUUGUAAACAGUUAUUGGUGUAAUGACAAGUUAUUUAUUAUUCUAUGCAGUAUAUUCUGUAAUUUUGUAUUUAGUCAAUAAUACUUACUAUAGUAUACUAUGCAAAGAUGAUGUGACGUAAAUGAGAUAAAAACACCAUUUGGAGAUUCAAACCUAUUACCCGUUUCACCAUUUAAGGAGCAUUAUGUUCAAAAUGACAGAACUGCAUCUGUUAUGAUACUUUAUAAUACUUAUGUAGAUAAUUUAACAUCAGUUAUGUUUAGUGAUACAAGGGCUCCAUCUGCUGGCUAGAAAUGGUAGUUAUCAUCCUAUGUGAUGUCUAGAUACUGUAUUUUCACUACAUGCAUGCUCAGGACAGAAUCAUCUCAUUUUUGCACCAAAUUGAAAUUGUGUAUGAGUUUGUGUGAUUAUUUCAGAAACUAAUAUGUAGUAUAUCAUCUCUAAAAGCAUGACGCUGGUAGACUGAAGAAACAAGCCUUGCAAAGUCAUGUGAAUGCAACGCAGCAUGUUAAAUGGAAACUGCUAAAUUAGAUGCAGCUAUUUAUAUGAUGCAAACUAUUAGCCUUGAUAUUAUAAAGGGAAAGUAAACAUACUGUAUAAAUAUGAUACACCUGGAUCAUUUCAGGUGGCCAGUAGAGAGUGCAGUUCUGCUCAGUCAUGUGCAGUACCUUUCCCACUUCAUAAAGGGUCAGGUCACCCAAAAUACAAAUAAACAUUUUUAAAACUUAUUUGUAGAGGUAUAUAUAGCCAUGCAGAUAUGUUUUCUUCUUUCUUGUGUCCAAAUUUAGAUAUGUACCCCUCUAAUUCCUGUUUCCAGCAAAAUAAAUGAAAUUUCAAAUCGAAUGUUGUUUGUGGUGCUCACAGCAUUAAAAAUAACACUAAAAAACAACAAGCAAAAAACAGUAUCCCUUUUACUUUCAAAGAUAUAAUCCAAAGACAUCACUGUGGAUGGCUUUUACUAGAACUACUUUAUACCAAAGAAAUAGUCCCUGUGAAAACUUCUCCAAAAUUACAAGGACACUGUUUAUGGAGAUUUUGCUGUGAAUUUAUUUGCAUGGCUAGAUAUCACCAGAAAUAAGUGAGAAAACAUCAUUUGGAUUAACCGUCCCAAUGUGUCUAAAUACUGCGUGUAUCAAAAUGUGUUAUUAUUACAGGACAGAAAACAAAAGAGAUUCUACACAUUCACGGUUUUAUUGCCAACAGUCAUACAGAAUAAUGAUAAACCCAUACAACCAAAAGAUUAAAUCUGUAAACAUCAUUUGGACUCGUUUCUUUGUUUUUAUUUCCUUUUUUUUCUAUACCUGUUCCAAAAUAGUGAGUUUUUGUGUGAUUCUGUCUGACAAAGGUUUAUAUUUAGAAUCUGGAAAUGAUACAUUUAUAAUAUAUAAUAGAGAGGGAGGGAGAUACAGAGAUAGAGAGAGAGAGAAAACAGUAGUCUCAAGCAGCAACACGCAGCAGGGCAAAACACAACCUCUAGUGAACAGGCAUGCCCCAUUGAAGAUCAGCUAUUGCACUUUGAAGAGAGAGAGAAAAAUAAAUAAAAACACCAUUUGUACAAAUAAAAGGCAC